AUGGAGGAGUACGUGCGCGAACCGUGUCCCUGGAGAAUUGUUGAUGACUGUGGUGGUGCUUUUUCCAUGGGUGCCAUCGGGGGAGGUGUUUUUCACUCUUUUCUCGGUGCCAGAAAUGCGCCCGCGGGUAUGAGGCAUAGACUUAUGGGAAGUUUUCUAACAGUAAAAAACAAAGCACCAAUUGUAGGUGGUAAUUUUGCAGUUUGGGGCGGUUUGUUUUCAACGUUUGAUUGCUGUUUAGUGAAAAUUAGAAAAAAAGAAGAUCCAUGGAAUUCUAUAACCAGUGGGGCAUUAACGGGAGCAGUGCUAGCAGCCAGAAAUGGGGCGCUUGCAAUGGUGGGAUCAGCAGCUGUGGGAGGUGUAUUACUUGCAAUGAUUGAAGGUGUAGGCAUCAUAUUUUCAAGGUGGACUUCCAGUCAAUACAUGGAAGCGAAUGAACAAAUUGCACAACAGAUGAAAGACCCAUCGUAUUAUGACAACCAAGAUGACAAGAGCUGCAGCAGUGUCGAUGAAACAUGUUUUCAUUGUACCCAGCAGGGUUACAAUGUUUCUACUCCUGUUCCUACAUUUGGGGUUAACAGUGAGCUGUUUCCUGAUAACCUAUCUCAGAUAAAUUCUACUUCAGGAGAAGGUACUAGUAUGUCAGGGAUUGAAGAGAUGUCUGCAGAUGAACCACCAACAAAAAGUAGUGCAACAGGAAAUGAAAGGAAACUGGAGGGGAAUUACUUGGAUCAUCUUAGUGCUCUGUAUGAAAUUGCAAGGGUUACUGAAAGCAACAUAAGUUCAAGCCAAUCAUGGUCCAGUCUAACAAGUGAUGGAAGCCAUAACCAGGCACAAUCCCCAGUCAGCAGCUUUUAUUUUUCACCUUGGGCUAAUUCCUCAAGUGGAAAUGCAAGCGAAAGUCCCAUCAUGUCUUGUAGUGAGAAUCACAUACACUCUCCUGCAGCUACAAUUCGAUACAAGUCAGAGUAUGCCAAACCUAAUGUGACACCAGAUUUGCCAAGUUGGAAUGAAGGAAAUGAAAGCCAUGGCAACUCAUCUCCACAAGAUAAACAAUCAUCAUAUUCAGAUGGUAGUGUAAGAGUUUUAGUUGAGACAUUAAAGCAUGAUCCACUUAAGUAUGCAGAUGUUAAAGUGGAUUCGCUUGGUUUGUACAAAGCAGAGAAAAAUGCUUUGAGAAAAGACCCAAAAGAUUACCUAGUUUACCUGGCUGCAAAGGCAAAAGAGCAAAGCUUACCAGACAUAUCCACCAAAGUAUUCAAUGGAAAGUUUACAGCCAAACGUGGGAAUGCAAGAAGUGAUGAGAAGUACAAACUUGAGAAAAUGUAUUCCAAGAGUGGCUCCAGAAAUUAA